AUGACCUCCACACCAGUUCAAGAAGAAUACGACGAUGUACGUAUAGCGGGAUAUGACCCAUUGGUUUCCCCUGCUCUGCUUCAACAGGAGAUUCCUGCCACCAAAGUUGCUCUUCAAACCGUGGUUAAAGGGAGAAAAGAUGCCAUGAACGUAGUUUCCCUGAAAGAUGACAGAUUAUUGGUAGUUGUCGGACCAUGUUCCAUCCAUGACAGUGACGCCGCUCUCGAGUACGUUGCCAGGUUGAAGGCUUUGAGCGAAGAGCUCAAAGAUGAACUGGUUAUCAUCAUGAGGGCCUACUUGGAAAAACCAAGAACUACCGUCGGAUGGAAAGGUUUGAUCAAUGACCCAGAUUUGGACAACAGUUUCAGCAUCAAUAAGGGUCUUAAGAUUAGUAGAAAGUUGUUUGUUGACCUGACCAACAGCGGUAUGCCUAUUGCCAGUGAAAUGUUGGACACAAUUUCCCCUCAAUACUUGGCUGAUUUGCUAUCUUUCGGUGCCAUCGGUGCCAGAACAACUGAGUCACAGCUUCACAGAGAGCUGGCAUCAGGACUUAGCUUCCCCAUCGGAUUCAAGAAUGGAACUGAUGGUACCUUGGAUGUUGCUCUUGAUGCUGUUCAAGCUGCUUCUCAUGCUCAUCACUUCAUGGGUGUCACGAAGCACGGUAUUGCUGCCAUCACGACCACAAAGGGUAAUGAAUACUGUUUCGUCAUUCUUAGAGGAGGUAAGAAGGGUACGAACUACGAUCCUGAAUCUGUGGCCGAGGCAAAGGCAAAGUUACCUGCUGACGGUGUUCUGAUGAUUGACUGUUCCCACGGAAACUCCAACAAGGAUUACAGAAACCAACCAAAGGUCUCCAAGGUGGUUGCCGAUCAGGUCGCUGCUGGUGAAGACCGUAUUAUUGGAGUAAUGAUCGAAUCCAACAUCAAUGAAGGUAAGCAAUCCAUUCCAGCUGAAGGAAGAAAGGCUCUUAAGUAUGGUGUUUCUGUCACUGACGGCUGUGUCUCGUGGGAAACUACCGACGCUAUGUUGAGAGAACUUGCUGAAGCUGUUCAAAAAAGAAGAGCAUUAAAGAACGCUGCUUAG